AUGAUGGCGAUGAUGAUGACUGGCCGUGUGCUGCUGGUGUGUGCCCUCUGCGUGCUGUGGUGCGGUGCCGGAUGGGUUUAUGCAAGAGAAUUCGAGAACAACGCAGUGGGUGGCUGCAUGGCAUCGGGUGUGUUGGGAAUGAGAACACUUUAUUUGUCGAGCGGUUGCAAUAAAACCACACCGACGCUGCCAUUGCGAUCAGCAUUCUUCAUCGAUGCCAUACAAGCCGAAGAAAGGGAAUUAAAAGAUAUUUCUCAGGAAAGUAAUAGUUUGGGUUCAGUUUCAAUUCCACCACCACCGCCGCUGCCAGCGCCAGAAACACUGGAAGCCCCACCACCACUUGGUGCCAGUGUUUCUGAAGCUAGUGGCCGCAGUGAAGUUGGUCCUGCCAGUCAAGCUGAUGGUGAUGGUGGUGGUGGUGGCUCAAGUAGAAUUUCUCACGGAGAUAAACAUCCCAUUUUGAAGGUUUCUGGUCUUGUUGAUAAGUCUACAUCCUCCACUACCAAUGAUGGUGACGGUUUGAAGAACACCGACGUUGAGUCGGCCACUCAGAAGGAUAAUUCUUCAGGAACAGAUGAACAGGCAGGAAAGGCGCUUGAUCUGCCCAUAUUGCCCACAGUGCAGAAUCCGGAGGUGUUGCAUUCCGACAAAAAUAAAAUCCCUCCAAAUACACAAGAAGCAACAAAUGUUGAAGCUCGUGAUAAUGGUGCAAGUGAAGGUCGUACCGGGGAAAGUGACGUACAUGCCAAAGACUCCUCCAGCGUGUCGUCUGCCAAGAGCAAACCCACAGGGAAACCAUCAUUGCCAGUGCAACCAACGGGACAAAGUCCACCAACUGCAGCAGGUGACACACGGAAUUCAACGCAAACAAAUGAAAAGACGACAACCUCAGGAAUCGGAACGGACAGUGAAGCACCUAAACCGUAUUCAAAGAAUGAUGUGGCAGAGCAAUACGAUGAAGACAGAGACCCAUCAGAUUUGAUAAGGGGUGCAAAUACAGGCCAUCCGACAGAUACAGCAUCAUCACCCAUCUCUACAAGUGGCAAUGGUGACUUUCAGGGAAUGGCGAAUGAGAAUGGUGACAAUCCUGAAAGGCACAAUCCCAGAGAAACCCACGACGACCCUGAAGUUGGUAAUGUCAACGUCGGUCCUAAAGCCAGUCAACCAGCACCAGAAACAGUGAAAACAGUCACCGCUCAAACAAACGAUACGGUGAAGCCUGGCGACAGUGACGGCAGCACCGCGGCCUCCCACACCACCUCCCCUCUUUUGCUUCUUCUUCUUCUUGUUGCGUGUGCGGCUGCUGCUGCGGUGGUGGCCGCGUGA